CGCUUGCGUGCACACAGUCGGCGGCUGCGCGCAGCACUCUCGGGGCCCGGAUGGCGGCUGUGGCGGCUGGAAACGGGGCUUUCCGGGAGGAGGAGGGCACCGGUGGGGACGCUGCGGCUCCGCAGCCCCAUGCCCCGACGAUUGCGCCCGGGGCUCGUCUCUCGAGGCUGCCUCUGGCGCGAGUGAAGGCCUUGGUGAAGGCGGACCCCGACGUGACGCUCGCAGGACAGGAAGCCAUCUUCAUUCUGGCACGAGCCGCGGAACUGUUUGUGGAAACCAUUGCAAAAGAUGCCUACUGUUGUGCUCAACAGGGGAAGAGGAAAACCCUUCAGAGGAGAGAUUUGGAUAAUGCAAUAGAAGCUGUGGAUGAAUUUGCUUUCCUGGAAGGUACUUUGGAUUGAUUGCUGAGCCUGGGCAGUUUUGUGAGCCUGUACCUGCAUCCUUCAGCUAGGCCCUCUGCAGGUCUCAGCUUUGAAGAAGAGUCUUUGGAAUACUGGACUUACACACUUUUCCUGUUCUGCCUUCACCUAAGCCUGGAUAAGCAGAGAUCUCACCUGUUAGCUUUUCUUUAUAAGGUCUUCCACUACUUGUGUCUUCCAUUUCUGGCCUGGAUGCAGCUGCUGCUGCUUGUGGUAGAGAUAUCGAAAAUGAUUUUGUAGGUUGCUUAAUAAAUGAUAAGGACCAAAUAAAAGUUUCUGAUCAGCCUCAA